CCGCCUGGGCUCGGGAGCCCUGAGCUGCGGUUCGCAGGCCUACUUGCCUGCCGACGGCCGGAAGUCUCUAUCCCGCAGAAGCGCAGCCAUUCACGGCCUAACGCAAUGCGACACUUCCGCCUGCACGAGCUCUUCCGGGGUGGAGGUCACCAUGGCAGCUACCUUGGCUCGGCUUGGUCUGCGGCCUGUCAAGGAGGUUCGGGUUCAGUUCUGCCCCUUCGAGAAAAACGUGGAAUCGACGAGGACCUUCCUCCAAGCAGUGAGCAGCGAGAAGGUCCGCUCCACUAAUCUCAACUGCUCAGUGAUUGCGGACGUGAGGCACGACGGCUCCGAUCCCUGCGUGGACGUGCUGUUCGGAGACGGGCAUCGCCUGAUUAUGCGCGGCGCUCAUCUCACCGCUGUGGAAAUGCUCACUGCCUUCGCUUCCCAUAUCCGGGCCAGGGACGCGGCGGGCAGCGCGGACAAGCCGGGCGCUGAUACUAGUCGCUGACAGCGUCAGAGAGACCAACAAGAUGAUUUUAGCGUGGACUAGGACACUUAACCUAAGAAGAGUUUCACUUAAUCAUUCAAAUCACUAUCUGGAGGGCCGCGGAGCGCAAAAUAAAAUGUAAAACCCUGCUACCACAAUGUUUCUGGAA